AUGAGGCUCCAGCUGGAGAAGCAGCUCCUCUUCCUCUCCCUCCUCUGCAUCCUCUCCAAGGUUUGUGCCCAGCUGUGCCGGAGACCAUGCUACUGCCCCUGGGUGCCACCUCGCUGCCCUCGCGGGUCCCCCCUGGUCCUGGACGGCUGCGGCUGCUGUAAGAUCUGUGCCCGGCGCCUGGGAGAGCCCUGUGACUUCCUCCACGUCUGUGACCAGAGCCAGGGCCUCGUCUGCGACUACAGCGCGGCGCCCGCGGGGACAGGAGCCACCUGCAACUUUGAAGACAGCGAGGAGGGCUGUGAGGUGAACGGCCGGGUCUAUCGAGACGGGGAGGUUUUCCAGCCCAGCUGCAAACUCCAGUGCCGCUGCCUGGACGGGGGUUUCACCUGCGUCCCGCUCUGCCAGGAGGAUGUCCGACUGCCCACCCCGGAUUGCCCCUACCCACGGCGUGUGGAGGUCCCUGGGAAGUGCUGCCCUGAGUGGAUCUGCGAAGCCCAGGACCGGCACUUCCUCCGGGAUGCUGGGGCAGGUAAGAUGCAGCACAUGCAAAUGAGGGGGUGCCCAUCCCCCGGGGCAGCGUCCCCACCGCUGCCAUACCCCUGCCAGGAGUGGGGCACGGAGUGGAGCGCCUGCUCGGCCACCUGCGGCGUGGGCUUUUCUACCCGUGUCUCCAACCAGAACCGCUACUGCAGGCUGGAGACUCAGAGGCGGCUCUGCAUGGCCAGACCCUGCCCGGCCCUGCCAGCAGCAUCCCUGGUGGUGCAGCCGUUCGGCAAGGAGCAGGGCUGCUGGCCUGGUUGUCGGCUGGAGCGGGACGGGCAGCACGAGCCCCCUGGAGAGCUGCCGGUCUCUGCCUUACCCCUGUUCCCGGUGUUCCUGGAUGGACGGUACGGUCUGAGCAGCGGGGCCAGGAAAAAGGCUGCCAGGAGUGGAAGUGAGGGGCAGUUCAUGGGGUUCAGCCUUCCAGCCCCCAGUCUGGAGGCACGCACGGUGUCCGAAAUAGCCGUGGGCUUGCGCUUCCCCGGCGCCCGGCUCAAAAUAUCUCAAGUGGGCUGA